AUGAUCUCGUCCAUGUCCUGGGUGCCCAGGGGCGCCGCCAGGAGCGCACCCAUCCAGGCGGACCCUCCCACGCAGGAGGAGAUCGACGAGGCCAUGAGGAGCAUCGCCCUCGCCACAGAAAAUGAUGGCAGCGCCGCCGCCGACGAAAACUAUGGCGAGAUGGAGGUCGACGGCGCCGACGAGGAGGACAGUGAGGAUGUCGCCCGGGCCAAGGCCGCCGCCGAGGCGCUCGGGAAGACCGGCUCGGGAGGCGGUGUCUCCGAUGGGCUCGAGGAGCUCAACAUGGAGGAAUACGACGACGAGGACGACGUAGAGCCCGAGCUUCUCAGUACCGGGAGGGGGGAUUUGUACUAUGAAAACAACGAAGAGGACCCUCAUCUCGUCAGGAACAACGAUGAUGAUGAUGGUGAUGAGGACGAGGAGAUUGAAGACAUGGCUAUCAAACCUACUGAUAUGCUGAUUGUUUGUGCACACAACGAGGAUGAGUUCAAUUCUCUUCAGGUUAGUAUAGUGGAAGAGUUGGAGGACGGGGAUCUUAAUAUGUAUGUUCAUCAUGAGGUCCCUCUCUCAGAUUUUCCACUCUGCACGGCUUGGAUGGAUUUUAACUUCAAGGAUGCCAAGAAAGAAGGGAAUUUCAUUGCUGUUGGAACCAUGGAUCCUGCAAUUGAAAUAUGGAACUUGGAUAUUGUUGAUGAGGUCAAACCACAUAUUGUGCUAGGAGGACUUUCAAAAAACAAAGAAAAGGUUAAGGGGGAAAAGGCAAAGAAAUACGAGGGUAGCCACAGAAGUUCUGUUCUUGGUCUUGCAUGGAACGCGGUGGUAAGGAACGCUCUAGCUAGUGCAAGUGCAGACAAAACUGUUAAAGUUUGGGAUUUAUAUACUGGUAAAUGUGACCGCACACUGCAACAUCAUGAUGGCAAGGUUCAGUCAGUUGCAUGGAGGUCACCUGAAGUUCUUCUCACUGGAUCUUUUGAUAGAUCAGUUGCCAUGACUGACAUGAGAGGUGAUGGACAAAGUUGUCAUAAAUGGUCCGUCGAAGCAGAUGUGGAAAGCUUAGCUUGUGAUCCACACAAUGAACACACGUUUGUGGUUAGUCUUGAAAAUGGGACGGUUCAAGCGUUUGAUACGCGGACAGCUUCAUCGCAUUCUAAUUGCGGCCAGCCCAUGUUUACUCUGCAAGCACACGACAAGGCUGUUUCUUCAAUAUCCUUCACCCCAUCUACCCCCAAUCUCCUUGCUACAGGUUCAACUGAUAACACGGUGAAGCUCUGGGAUCUGUCGAACAACCAGCCGUCAUGCGUCGCUUCACUGAAUCCAAACCUUGGAGCUAUAUUUUCGGUAUCGUUUUCGAACGACAGCCCCUUCCUGCUAGCAUGCGGAGGAUCAAACGGCAAGCUGAAAGUCUGGAACACACUGUUGGAACCAGCGGUGGCUAAUAGAUUCGGCAAGUAG